AUGAAGACUUAUCACCGGACAUCACCAUUGUGUGCAUCAUUUUCUGUCCUAUCUUGGAAGGUGUUUGAUAUAAUGGAUAAGAACACUACUACAUUCAGAUGUUUUUAUCGAGUUGAUGAGACCUCAUACUUAUGCUCUAGUUUGGCACUUGUCAGUCUCACUGGGACCUAUCUUUCGUUAUAUACCCAAUAUACACAUUGCCUUAGUAAAAUCUCUUAAUUACAGUGACAGAGGUUGCCUCCGAUUUAUAAUAUGGGGUUAGGGAGACUACGUAUGGACAAAACAUAUAAUUGUCCUUAGUUCAAAUUAUUUAUAGGCACAGCUCCUCCUAGACCUCCUGCUAACAAACUGCGGACUCAAAUCUACACAUCCUCUAUAAAUCUGAAAUGUUCAUUCAUAUAUCCUAACAAUCUUUAAUUCGAAAAUUGAUCAUUCUCCAACGCUGCAAUGCGAGUCUUCUCGCGCACAUUGCAUUGGUAAAUUGCAUUGCAUUGUGAGCCUCUUCACCAUGUCACCUGAUCAUUUGCAUUGCAGCUCCCACUUAACAUGUACCUCAGCAAGUAGAUUCGUCACCUCGUUGUUUCAUGCCAGUGAACUUGUUUUGCGUCACACGUAAACCUUCUCGCGUGCAUCACCCAAAUGCUAAUACAUGACACCAACAAAUCUUCUCACAAAUGACACCAAAGCUCCCACUCCAUCAGAGCAACACCAGCGCACUCCCACAACAUGGGAACCAUUUCAGCAUGUGUUGCCUAUGUGGACUCCAUGGGUGAAACUCCCCAUGCUUGACACUAAACCACGCAAAAAAAUGCAUGCUGCAUAUGUGACGUCGCAAUAGGGUACUUGAAAUAGGACAUCACUUCCAAAAAAGAACAGAACAAAAAGUUUUUAAAUUCAAUAAUAUCAAAAAUAGCAGUAAUUUUCCAAGUCGAUCACAGGAAUGUAAUAUAAUAUCUAGUAAUUAUUCAGAAUUUUUCUCAAUGAAUACGAUUUUCUAUGAAUUUUAUACUAGGAAAUAAAAAGGAAAUAUAUUUAAAAUUCACGAAAAAGGGAAAUAAGGGCGCGGGCAUCAAGAUGACGUCAGCGCCUAGCAAACGCGAAUCGGGCGGAAACAGAGUUCCGCCCGGCGAUUCUUACGUAAGCGAUUACAGAUGAUUUAAUUAAUCAAAUUAAGAUCUGUAAAAGCCGGAAGAAUCGUAAUAGAACAAAGUAUAUUUUGGUAAAUUAAAAUCACAAAGAAAUAUCACUAAAUGAAGUGUAAAGUAAGUUUAAAGUAGGAAAACAGAGUUCCGGCAUCGCGACGGCGAUGCGUCGGCGAUGCACCGGAAUCCUGAGCGUUCGGGAGGAUCGUUGUGUAGUGUCCACGGCCUUGAAGGCUCUCCUUGGACAAAGACGACGUGGGCAAUCUCUAGAUCUUCUCGCGAAGUCUAGAGAUCAAUGAAAUGGGUCGCUGAGUCGUCUCCGGUGGCUGUCACCCGGCGGAGCGGAAAAACGGCGACUUUGCGGCUCUCCGGCGGCUGUCACCCGACGGAGAGGAGCUGGAUGGAGGUGGGGCGCGUGUCAGGGAGCUUCAUCCUCAGGUCCGUGCAGCAAGAGGAGGCUCUUCAUCGCAUCUGGUACGCUCUUAGGAGGUGACGACUCCUCUCCCGACGGAUCGUCCUCUUCCCGACGAUGGCUUGUUCGUCGAUCAAUCGGAGAUGAUUUACUCGAUGGGUUCGCGAUCCUUUUAUCGCGAAUCGUUCAGAAAUUUUAGUAGCAAUGCUCUGCGAAUCGCGUUGACGAGAUUUUCGCCGAUGAUCCAGCGAUUCUCGUUGCUUAAUCCUUCGCCGGCGAUCUGCAGGAAAGUCGCGAUAAUCAGAUAAAAAUAUAUGAGUUUAGACUCUGGGAGGAUUCGAACCCGCGCCGGUCGCCCGCCUGUGAGGAAGGUGUGACGUGGGUUUAGUCCCACAUCGGUUGUGCGCCGAUUUUUCGGGCGAAUAUAUAGUAAUGUUAGCUUCGGAAGCAAAGUCACUUCUCUCGCGUGUACGUCCACUCCUUGCCCCACAGCCGGCUGGCCACUGGUGACGUGGACGGAGAGUGGCGCACACGUGCCCCUAUCGGUCCAAGCUAAGCCGCUCGAGCCCCUGCUCGCGGCUACUACCGACUGCGCUUCCGACCCGCUUGCGGGCCCGGCUGGCCGGCGGGUCCCCCCAUUUUGCAAUAUUUUUAUUUUUAUUUCUUGUUUUUCAUUUAUCUCAAAAGUAAGACUAUAAAAAUCGUAUAAAAUCACAUAAUUACCUAAAAAUUCACGUUAAUCAACUGAAAACCACUUUUCACACUUUAACACAAAUAUAAGUCUAUUUAUCAUGAGUUAAGGCUAAAACUAUAUUAUUUACUAAUUAUUAACUCAUGAUAAUGAAGACUUAUCACACCCCCCAACUUAAAUCAUUGCUAGUCCCUUAGCAAUGGAAUUACGAAAAUAAAAAUUUACAAAUUUCAAACAUCAUAUUUCAAUAUAAAAAAAAAAAAAUACAAUUAGAAAUGAUGCACCUUUAGACACUUUGCACUCUUAUAUCAAGUAUUUAAGAAUGAUGUCAAGCACUUAAAUGUUUAAACACUCCUUGGAAUAACAAUCUAGACUUCACUUCUUCUAUUCACAUCUUUAUCACUUCUUCACUCAUAGAUGUAUUUACAAGAUGUUCCAAUUAUCAAUACUCAUCCAAGAAUAAUAUUGAUCCUACAUUUCUCUUUUUCUAUGGCUUGAUUUUUGAAGUUUGCACUAUAUUUCUUCUCUCUCUUUUUUUUUUUAUAUAUAUAUAGUGGAUAAGUAGCUUUUCCUGUAGACAAAUUUCGACAAUAAGAAUGAUGUCUCACACCCUCCAUGUGUACUCUUCAUUUUCAGGGCUUUCACUUUAUCCACUUAUUUUGCAGCAAGUGUUUUUCUAUACACGAUUUUCGACAAUGAGAAUGAUGUCUCACACCCUCUAUGUGUACUCUUCGUUUCUAGAUUUUUCACAUUGCUCUCUCUUUUUUUUUUUUUUUUCGAAAUAAGUGAUUUCUCCUCACAAGUCCUAUAGAUCAGGGUGCAAAAAUCUCUAUUAAACUCAAAUGAUCAAUCAAAUUUUCACAUCAAGUAAAUAUUAUCCAUCAAGAUCAUGAAGUGAAAAUCUGUAAAAUCAAAUCCAUGUUAUCUAUCAUGUAUCCAAGGAGUAUUCCAACAUUUCAUGCUACUAGAUCAUUCUUUUGACUCAAUAAUAAUCUUCCUAGUAUCUUUUGGUAUCAAUCAAUCUAAUUGAUUUAAUUUUUCAUUCAUGCAAUAUGAUGUAAGAGAUUUGUAAAUUAGAUAGUUCUGACAGUUCUGUUUUCUAUUUUCAGUUCUAUUUUUAGCAGCAAUAAAUUUGUCAAAAAUAAAUCAAAACUAUCCUCUUUAUAGCUGUAAUUUCGAAUUUCAGUAAUAUAUAUCUAGGGGAUUGAAAUGUGAGAAAAGGUUUUUCUAGAAUUUCAAAUUUCGGGCUGUUUUUUUGUCUACUGUUUUUGACAGUCUGUUGUUUCUGACAGAAAACCAGAAAAUAGAUGUUGCAAUUUUUCCGAAUUCGGCGAUCUUUUUUUUAUUUUUUUAGUUGCUGUUCUAAGUUGAAUAAAAUGCAAACACAUGUUCUUAAUCGUCCUACAGCAUAAAUUAAUAAUGAAUACUUCACCCCCCAACUUAAAAAUGACAUUGUCCUCAAUGACACAGAAAAAUCGAAACAGAAUAUGCAGAAAAUAUAAUUUUCAAGUGAAGCAUGCAUAUAUGCAAAGUUUAGCAUUAAAAAUGUUGUCAUAAAUGAUAAAGCUCUGAAAGACAUCACCUCAACCUCGUUUUUAAUUUUCACUUCGUCUUACACGCCUCCUCCUGCACCUUUUCGAAAAAACAAAUACAGAAACAAGUACUGCGAAAUUCUAAGAAAAACAGAGCUAAAAAAAAAUCAAACAAAAUGAAAUAAAAACCAUGGGUUGCCUCCCAUGCAGCGCUGAAUUUAAUGUCUCCAGCUGGACAGCUCUUAGAUCAUAUAAGAUGAUCUAUCGCCAUCAAAAUAUAUUUGUAUCCCAAGGUAAGUUUCAUGAUAUUGUUUUUCAGAUUUAGCAUAAAUUCGUAUACUUCAUAUAUAUACCUUGACAUACUUUCAGCCAAAACAAAAUGGAAAUUAACAAAAUUUUCCCAAUAAUAUUUCCAUUUUGAAAAGAAUCUUUCCUCAUUUCUAUCUUGUUUUGUAAGGCUUUCAUUCAUUAUUAAAUACUUCCUAUUAAUAGACCAUAAAAUGUGAUCAGGCCAUAUAAUUUUUGAAUUAGCUCUUACCCAAUCUAAAUUUUUUUCAUCUAAAUUGAUAUCUCUAAUUCUUCCAUUCAUCCAUUUCUUAAUGUCUUCUUUUAUCUGCAUAAUCUUCCCCUGCUCCAUUUUAUCUUCCAUACAUAUUUGUUUAAUUUGUGAGGAGUGAAAUAUUUCAAGCUUAGAAGUAAUUCUAAUGGGCUGUGGGUUUUGAAGGAUGGAAGGAUUGUCUUCUUUAAUCUCAGAUCUAAUGAAUUCAGUAAAAUUUAAAUUUUCUCCUCCAAAAUUAUCUCUAUAUUCAUAUUCAUUAUUUUCGUUUCUCCCCAUUAGUUGAAUCAACUCUUUUUCUAGCUUUUCAUUUCUCAACUCAUCAAAUUCUUCAUCUUCCCAAGAGCUAUCUUUUAAUUUCAGUAUAUGAUAUACAUCCUCCUCUCUAUCAACAUCCAUGGCUGCAAAAUUAUGAUCAGAUUUAUUAAUUUCGUCUCCUACAUCAACUGAUUUUUCCUCACUUGAAAUAUGUUUUUCUUCAUUUCUGUCCAUACUCCCUUCUACUAAAAUUUGGAUGAUUUUUCCAUGAUCAGCUGCUGUUUCUUUAUCUAAGGACUCUUUCUCCUCAUCAUCCUUACUAUAUUCAUUCAUCAAUUGUGAGCAAUAAAUGAUUUUAUUCAAAUUUUCUGCUACUAUAUUUUCAGCCUUAAUAUUCUCAUUUACUUCUAAUGGCUCAUCAAUUUCUUCUAAUAAUUGGAAAUAAGGAUCAUGUAAAAUAUUCUCAAUCAAUGUAUUCACUGUCCUAACAUUUUCAUUUCGUGGGUUUUUUUCUAAAUUUAACCAGCUAGACUCUCUUUGCUGAAAUCCUACUGUUGGAUAGUUUCCUGAAUUUUCUAUGGGCGGACUAGGUGGCUGUCCCUCUUCUCUCUUAUUCCCAAGAGCCUCUAUAAUUUGUUUCUGGUGCAGCAUCAUUUGAUUCAUAGUUUGUUGCAUCAUUUGGCUCAUAGUUUGUUGCAUCAUUUGGCUCAUAGUUUGUUGCAUCAUUUGGCUCAUUUGCUGCAUCAUUUCUAUAGUAUCAUGUUGGGUUUGAGAGGGCUGAUUUUUCUGAAAUCUGUUUUCUUGUUUUGGACGAAAUUCAGAGUUUGAAUUGGAUCUAAGUGCUUCUAGAUUUUGAAUAUUAUUUGGGUUUCUCCACGAAAAAUUAUUCCCCCAAUUAGGAUUAUAAGAAUUAGAAAAAUAUUCCCUAUUUUUACUAAAAUCGUGGGGUACCUGCACUUGUUCUUGCCUAGGAUGAUAUUGAAAUUCGAAAUGAUCAUUUUCACCAUACAUAGGAUCUGUACUAUUUGAAUUAAAUUGAGGGUUAAGAGGCUUUCUAAUAUUGUCAAUAAGAAAAUCAAGUUUUUCUAAUCUUUGAUUAAUCUGAUUAACCUCAUUUCUAAGUUUAGAUUCAUUAUCAUGAUGCAAUUCAUGAAUUCCUCUCUUCUUAUCCCUAUCAUAUAAUUCAAAAGAGGCUUGAUCUCUAGAAUUUUCACUUAAAUUCUCAUAAAGACUGUAAAUCUCAUCAGGGGUUUUCUCCAUAAAAGCUCCUCCACAUAUAGAAUCAAUCAUAUUUCUAUGUUGUUCUAAUAAUCCAUCAUAAAAAAUUCUAUUGAGCUGCCACUUGGGUAUAACAUGCUGAGGACAUUUUCUAAGUAAAUCUUUAAAUGUUUCCCAUGUCUCAUGUAAAGUUUCUCCUGGUCUUUGAGAAAAAUUCCAUAUAUGUUUUCUCAUAUUUUGAGUUUUUCCUAAGGGAUAAAAUUUUCGAAGAAAGGCCUGUUCUAUGUCUUUCCAGCUAGUUAAUUCUCUAUCUAAUGUGGAUAGCCAAUGGCUAGCUUUGUCCCUAAGUGUAUGAGGGAAUAAUUUCAUUUUAAUAAUUUCCGGUGUAACUUGAGGGAGAUUAACUAAAUCACAGACCAUAUGAAAUUUUUCUAAGUGCUGAUGAGGUUCCUCUAAAGGCAAUCCAUGAAAAUUAGGGAGCAUUUGAAAAAUUCUUGGAUUUAUUUCGAAUUUAACAUUGGGUGCUAAUGGGACUCUAAUAUUGGAUGCUCUUUGAAAUGAAUUAGGGAUAUAAUAAUUUUUCAUGGCCAUAGGAUUGUUCUCAGUUUGGCCUGUACUUUCUUUAGGAUCUAUCAAAAUUAAUUUUUCUUUCGGAUUUUUAGUUUUGAAUGAAAUAAUGAAAGGAUUUUCUAGCCUUGGAUGCAAGGAUCUUCUACCAUACAUAAAAAUCAAUGAAUUCGAGGGAAAAAGUUAGUAACUAUUACCCUCCUUCAGGAUGCUCCAGUCCUUGCCGUGCUUCUUUUCGUUCCCUUUUUCUAAUAAAAAUCAGCAAAAAGAAAAUAAAACAAGAGUUAAGUUUUUUUUUUUUUUGUACUCUAAGAGAAAAACAGAAAAAUACUAAAUAUUAUGCAAUACAUCCCUGACAACGUCACCAAAAUUUGACGUGACUUAGUCGUUGUAUAUUAAAUCACGCAAAUAUAAAAUUUAUAAAACUAGAAAAUACGAAUUUUCGGAUAUUUAGAAGUAUUUCUAAAUAAAUAUAUCAAUUAUAAUUCAAUAAAACUUCCAAAAAUAGCGGUAAUUUUACAAGUCGAUCACAGGGAUGUAAUAUAAUAUGUGGUAAUUAUUCAGAAUUUUUCUCAAUGAAUACGAUUUUCUAUGAAUUUUAUACUAGGAAAUAAAAAGGAAAUAUAUUUAAAAUUCACGAAAAAGGGAAAUAAGGGCGCGCGCGUCAGGAUGAUGUCAGCGCCUGGCAAACGCGAAUCGGGCGGAAACAGAGUUCCGCUCGGCGAUUCUUACGUAAGCGAUUACAGACGAUUUAAUUAAUCAAAUUAAGAUCUGUAAAAGCCGGAAGAAUCGUAAUAGAACAAAGUAUAUUUUGGUAAAUUAAAAUCACAAAGAAAUAUCACUAAAUGAAGUGUAAAAUAAGUUUAAAGUAGGAAAACAGAGUUCUGGCAUCGCGACGGCGAUGCAUCGGCGAUGCACCAGAAUCCUGAGCGUUCGGGAGGAUCGUUGUGCAGUGUCCACGGCCUCGAAGGCUCUUCUUGGACAAAGACGACGUGGGCAAUCUCUAGAUCUUCUUGCGAAGUCUAGAGAUUAAUGAAAUGGGUCGCUGAGUCGUCUCCGGUGGCUGUCACCCGGCAGAGCGGAAAAACGGCGACUUUGCGGCUCUCCGGCGGCUGUCACCCGACGGAGAGGAGCUGGAUGGAGGUGGGGCGCGUGUCAGGGAGCUUCAUCCUCAGGUCCGCGCAGCAAGAGGAGGCUCUUCAUCGCAUCUGGUACUCUCUUAGGAGGUGGCGACUCCUCUCCCGGCGGAUCGUCCUCUUCCCGACGACGGCUUGUUCGUCGAUCAAUUGGAGAUGA